CUAUUUAACGCACGUACGAACGAACAGACAAACAAAACACAAAGCGAACUCGAUAAAAUAACCAAGGAAAAAACAACAACAAUUCCUUUAGGGCACAAAGAGAAGCACAAUCUUCAUCAACAAAAAAGAAGAAAAAGAAGCAAAUUUCGCGGCUAAAAAAUCAAUCGCUUCAACUGGUCUACAAAUCGAGAAUUGAGGGUUUCUAGGCUGGAUUUCAAAAUCUGGGUUUUAGUUAACCGAAGAUGGGGUCAGAAUCAGAUCAAUGCUCUUCCAGAUUGAACACUCGAGAGAUCAAAUCCCUAAUUUACCAGAAACUAGGGGACUCGAGAGCCAACACUUACUUCGACCACCUCGGAAAAUUCCUCACCUCGAGGAUAACCAAGUCCGAGCUCGACAAGACCAUCGCUAGAGAACACGUCCCUCUCCACAACCGUCUCCUACGUUCCCUCCUCAAGAACGCAGCCGCCGCAAAAUCUCCUCCUCCUCCGAGGUACCUCAAGAGAUCAUCUGCGUUACCUCCGUCGCCUCGAAAAUGCAGGUCCAGGAAGUUCAGAGACCGGCCGAGUCCUCUCGGUCCGCUCGGGAAGCCUCAGAGCAUCACGACAACGAACGACGAGUCGAUGUCGAAGAUGCUGAGACUUCCAAUGGAAGAAGGAGAAGAGGUUGAACAAAGCGUACCGAGUCCGUUAACCGCGCCGCUCGGUGUUUCGUUAACCGGAGUUAGAAGGUCUUUUGGCGAGACUUGUUGUCAGAACAGUGGCGAGCUUCCUGAUGCGACGACGUUGAAGAGUGUGUUGGAGAGGAGGCUGGAGAAGGAAGGGGUGAAGUUAACUAUGGACUCUGCUAAUGUUUUGAAUAGCGGGUUGGACGCGUUUAUUACAAGGCUUAUAAAGCCUUGUUUGAGUUUGGUCCAGCGACAGCGAGUGUCGAUGUUGGAUCUUCGCGCUGCUGUGGAGUUGAAUCCACGUGUUCUUGGAGAGGAUUGGCCUAUACAUCUAGAGAAAAUCUGUUCCCGCGCUUCGUCUGAGGAGUAAAGUUGUGAAGAAAAGAGCCGUUAUAUAGCGAUUUUGGAUAAUCAUAUUUGAUUGAUCGAUUCUUUUCCUGGAGUAUGGAUGGAAUUGCCAUUAGAGUGUUCUCGAAGAAGCUUUGAAGGGAGGAAACAAAAGAGGCUUCAGGUUGUACAAGUUGUGAUAGUUAUAUAUAAUAUAUAGUUUAAAACACCAUUUGUUUAGAACAUAUAUUUUACUGUAGUUUUCUUGCUUGCGCAUGUCUUCUCGUAAUGUAACAAAUUUUCAAUUCGAGCAAAAGAAUUUUCUGAACA